CGCUGAUUUUGUAAUAUAAUUAUAUUCAUUUUCAUCAUGGGAAUCCUGUCAUCUUGCAUUCAUUAUGCCAAUGCUGUCAUCAGAAAUCGGAGAAGCAUAUUAGCGCAGAGCGGAACUUGAACCACGAUUAUGGAUUAGGGCAGUACUAAUGCGCAUUUGGUAGUAAAUUUACGAUGCUGUAACAAAUAAAAGCCGCUACCUCUGUUACUAUUAAAUCAAUGAUGGAACAGUAGUAUUUCUGGAAUACACAACAAACCAUAUUGGCGAUAUUUUCCGAUCACACAAUCGACAAACUGCAAUCAAGAAUUCACAAUGAGCCACAAUUUGAAAAUUCCUGCAAACCUUAUGGAUAAUAAUAAUUCAAAACGGGAAACGGGCUCAAACCCAUCUACUAGCAACAAUUUCAAGGCUAAUAAUAAUAAAAUUGUUGUCGUUGGUGAUAAUGCAAUUGUAAAGGUGGUAAGUAAUGAAAAGCCUGAUGGGAUUUACGUCGAUAGGGCAGUGCGAAAGGAUAUAACCAGUGGGGAAGAUGGAUCAUACGAGAUGCCAAUUCCAGACCUACGCAAAAUCAGCGUUAAAGAUACCGUAAGUGCUGGUCGAGCCUUAGCGUCUAGAGAUAACAAUGCCCCAACAUUGGAAGGAAAAAUAGAAGCCUUUUGCAGAGCUACUCGAAGAUUAGAACAGAUAAGGCUAGCAAAAACUAUCCACGCUGAACUGAAUAACCUCAGUGUGGAAUUGUUCACCGACUGCAAAAUAUCUCCAGCCGAGUACAAACUGCGAGGGUUUCUGCUUCAAGAUGACACUCUCAAUGUCAUAAAUGGAAUAGAUAUUUAUGCAUCCAUUCUGUCCGUUAUGCUGAAACAUGGUCUACAACCACAGCUGCGUGACAAGGAUGCCUUUGCUGAUCUUUUAUCACACCUAGAAAUGGUCGUGGAACCCCCUAAGUUUUUCCCCAUGUCUCUUGUUCGUCGGGACAUAGAAGCAGUUAUAAAAAUGCUUAAAGUAUUGACAAAUAUUCGAAGGGAAGUGAAAAUAAAUAACGCAAUAGAACUGAUUGGAGAACUCAAAGAUGGAAAAAAUCAAGUAACGAUAAUUGAAUGCCUAAAAAAGUAUUUGAAAUAUAAUAGCUGGAUUCAGCAUUACCUUGUUUUGUCGUGGUUGAAAAUGCAGACUUUAGUUCUUAAGAAGCCUGAUGCUCUGUCUGUUCUGUUACAAGUCGUCUCAUACUUGUUAAAAUCACCCAAAAAAGCAAAUUCCACAUAUCCAUGGAAGUUCACGAUUACUGUAGUUGAUAUUCUCGUUCAGAUUGCAAGGGAAGUUUCAGUGUCGGAAAUGCCAAAUCGUGCGAUCAAGGGACUGUUGGAAUUAUUCAAUGAAAUUGAAAAACGAAAACUUCACGACUGCAUUAAUAUCUUUCACCAACACGCACGAAUUUUGGUAUUUAUCGAUAACGUUGGUAUUCGAAGUUUGUUAAUGGACGGAAUAUAUAAGGAACUGGACACGACCGCAGAGGAAAUAUGCAAAGAGAGAAUUAAGCACUGCACCGAUUUAGAACUCAACGCGACUCGUGAGUUGGUUCACAAUGGAAGCUAUUCGUGUAUUUUCUUUGCCGAUUGUGACAGUUUACAAGUUGUCGUAAAAUGCUACAAACAAACGCAAAAGGAACUUAUAGAGAAACACACUGAUCCUCAUCCAAAGUAUUUUGAUUUCGAGUGCCGAUUCUUAAACAAUUUGAGUCACCCUAAUAUUAUCAAACUGAUAAAGAAAAACGAGCGUGUUAAGUGCGUUGUGUUAGAGUUUGUCCCAAAAGGAAAUCUACUCACGGUUUUGAGAAAUCGCCGAUCAGACACUCUUGCUCCAACUCUGACAGAACUACUUUUUAUGGCCGUGCAGAUUGCAGGCGCCGUUAAAUAUUUGGAAGAGAAAAAUAUCAUUCACUUGGCAAUGCAAUUGAGAAAUGUACUUCUUCAUGAAAACAACGUCGUCAAGUUGACUGGUUUUCAGUUUUGUCGAACAUUGCAGGACAUAGAGAAUUACGGAGUCGAAAACGCCAUCGAGCAGAAACAUUUUAAAUGGUUGGAUCCUCAAGCCCUUCUCUUUAAAUCGAUUGAUCUGAAAACUGUUUCGUGGAGUUUGGGGGUCCUUCUCUACGAGUUACUGACUUUAGGAUGUGUACCAUUCAACCAUCCCGAGCCUCGUCCAAAUCAUGGUGAUUUCAAACGUGGAGCUCUUACUUCACCUGAAGCAAGGAUUUUCAUUAUUCGUGGGGGGAAGUUGCGAAAAGAAUCCUGCAUUCCUGACAAUAUUUUUACAAUAAUAUCAAAUUGUCUUGAAAAAGAAUAUUCAAGCAGAGCUACGCUCAACGAAAUCACCAACCAACUUAAAAAAGAGCUAGAUGAUCAGAAGACAUCAGAAAAAAUAUAUCCUCCCCCUCCUAGAUUGGUUCGAUUGGAAGAAGAUGAAGAUCUUGAAAGUCACAAUCCAGGAACUGAUGAUUACGACGAUAAUUUUCCGUUUGCACAUCUAGACGUCCUAGAUCACCCUUGGAAUAAGAAGUACCAAGGCCAAGUAUUCGAGGAAGCGUACAGUAACGCGAAUCCAUCUCGAUUCAUGCCACUUCUGUGCAUUAUACAGCGACGCAAAGAGGGUGUAGAAUGGAAGGAAACUCGUGUACUUGAGUAUGUCGAGUUCAAGGCUAUAAAACAUGUGGAAACAUUACAAAAGCUGUCACACCCACAACUUUUAAAUGUGAUUGCUGUAAAUCGUUUUGGACCCGACCGACUAGAAAUGAUUUCUGAAAGCUUUCCCAUGGGCAACAUUCGGGACGCAUUGCUUCAGCACGUUGAGCUUCGCAACAAUUUAAAGCUUUACAUUCGACAAGCUGCUUCAGCUCUCUUCUAUCUUCACGAAGAGAGAAUUGUUCAUCGAAAAAUAAGAAUCGAGAAUUAUCUAAUAGACAACGAAGGAAGAAUCAAAUUGGGAUGUCUUGGGACGUCAAUCGAAGAAAUUGACGUGAAUGCUGAAUAUUGUGAUCCCAGAGCGAUGAAUAAUUUGAAGAUUCUUCCUGACGUUUUGAGAGAUGCGCCAGAGGUUCUAGUUUACCAUCUCUACACAAGAAAAAGUGAUACUUGGGCUUUUGGAGUUGUUGUGUGGCAGUUCUUGAAAAUAGCGACCACCGAACCUGUGAUUGCUUUGAACGAUAUUCGUCCUCACGGAAUGAAACUGGAGAGUGAGGCGUCAAGAGUACUUCUCCCCAAUCCUUAUCCUCAAUCCUGCCCUUUGUAUGAACUUUGUGAGAAGUGUUGGGAAUGGGAUGCCAAAGAUCGUCCAUCAAUGUUUGUUGUUAUUGAAGCAGUGGACAAAAGUGAUCUCCUGGAGCUUCGUCAAUUCUCAGAUGAUGUCACAGAUUCUACGGAGUUGCAUGACUCAGGUCCAUCGAAUGAAGACCAUCUUUAUUUCAGUAUUAAAGACAUUAAGCGCGAAAUCGAAAACGAAGAUGCCGAAGACACACGGAACUCUGGGAAUAUGACACAAAGCGUUCUUCUGGAGUCUUACCAUACAUCAGAUUUAGAUGCCAAUGCCACCGCUUCAACGCAAAUUUACAACCCACAUUUAUCAAAUGAAAAUCUAAGCGCAAAUUACCAUAUUUAUUCGAGUAUCGAGGAAAUUAAAAAAGAGGACGGAGAAGCUGUGAAACGAAAUGAACCUAGUGAUGAAGUUUCGCUUCAUGAAACCGCUUGCAACCCUUUGAGUGGGAAUAAAACGGAAGAGGAUGGGAGUGGAAUCUAUGAUGACGUAGUUAUAACGCCCGUUGAGAUUGUCCACGAAGAUAUUGCAAUGAACAUUGGUAAACAGGGUCAUGUUGACAAUUUAGUAAAAUACUUUACCCUUAAAAUGUGA